AGUUUAAUAGUAGCACAGUCCCCAUACGGCUGUAAUCAGUGAAUUAGAAAAAAAAAACACACCGGCAAAGGAUUUUUAUGAUUUUUUUUUACCCCCUCGUCGUUACGGGGCCUUUAAACGUAAAAGUAAGGGGCUGAGUUGUUUAAAGGGCUUGGAGGAGAGGGCCAUGAAUUACGAAUUUGAGCGAGAGAUUGGUUUUAUCAAUAGUCAGCCGUCGCUUGCUGAGUGCCUGACAUCCUUUCCCCCUGUCGGUGAUACAUUUCAAAGUUCAUCAAUCAAGAGCUCGGCGCUUUCACACUCGACACUCAUUCCUCCUCCUUUUGAGCAGACCAUCCCCAGCUUGAAUCCAGCCAGCCACCCUCGCCACAGCCGGCCCAAACACAGCCCAAAUGGACACGGAGACAGCCCGGUGCCAGCAGGAUCCCUGCCUCCGGAAUACCCCUGGAUGAAAGAGAAAAAGGCUUCCAAGAAAACUCCUAUAGCAGCAGCAACAGCAGCAGCAGCAGCGGCCAGCGCUUCGCCGGUUACUACAGCCUGCCUCAGCCACAAAGAAAUUAUCGAGAUCCAGGAUAACAGCGGUGGGGGAUCGAGGCGAUUAAGGACAGCUUACACCAACACUCAGCUCUUAGAACUGGAAAAAGAAUUUCAUUUCAACAAGUAUCUGUGCAGACCGAGGAGGGUGGAGAUUGCAGCCCUGUUGGAUCUGACCGAAAGGCAGGUCAAAGUCUGGUUCCAGAACAGGAGGAUGAAACACAAGAGGCAAACCCAGUGUAAGGAGAACCAGAAUGGAGAUGGGGGCAAAUUCAAGCAUCUGGACGAUUCUGAGAAGGGAGAGGAGGAGAAGGAGAAAUCUCUGUUUGAGCAAGCCUUGAAUAGUGUCUCUGGGGCUUUACUGGAGAGGGACAGCUAUAGUUUCCAGCAGAAUGCCUUAGCCCAGCAGCAGUCUCACAACUCACACAAUGGAGAUUCCCAGAGUUUCCCUGUAUCGCCUUUAUCUAACAGUGAGAAAAAUCUCAGACAUUUCCAGCAACAGUCGCCCACAGCUCCGAACUGCUUAUCAACAAUUGCCCAGGACUGUGCAGCUGGACUCGACAAUGAUAGUCCCGAGGCCUUAGAUGUGGCUUCACUGUCGGACUUCAAUGUCUUCUCCUCGGAUUCCUGCCUUCAGCUCUCAGACACAGUCUCCCCCAGUCUGCCUGGCUCUUUGGACAGUCCUGUAGACAUUUCAGCUGACAGUUUCGACUUUUUCACAGACACAUUUACUACCAUAGACUUGCAGCAUUUGAACUACUGAAACAUCCACACCAUUAAAUAGUGAAUUUAUUUUUACGUUCAAUCCAGUGCUGUUUUUUUUUUCACGUAAAAAUCUCCCCCUUAGGUCCAGUUUGAGUUUUAACACCCAGUUCAGUUGAGUUACACCAUUGAAAGCAAUAACCGAGGCCUCUAAGAAAGUGACUUUUGUCUGAACGUAUCUGCACUUUCUUUUAUUUUUCUAUUGCAUUAAAAUGCGCUGUCAUAUAAGUAUUUUUGGUAGAAUAAAUGAGUAUUUGCCAG